GCAGGGUAGUUUUCUAUCAUGGCGGACGACGAAAACAAUCUGCCACUUCUAGCUUCUGAAGAAGUGAAUCAGGUUUCAUUGGAGGAGGAUGGUUCUGUGCUAACACGACAAUUGUCGCCUCAGCAGGAUCCAGAAAUCCGAACAGCUGCUUUCAACACAACAAGAUAUGACAUAAUCAAGGCAACCCAGUAUGGCAUAAUCGAUCGCUGCAAAGAGAUUGUUGAAAAUGGGUACGAUGUUAGACAGCCAGAUGCAGAGAAUGUCACUCUACUUCACUGGGCAGCAAUCAACAACAGAAAGGAACUGGUUAGGUAUUAUUUGUCUAAGGGUGCUUACAUAGACCAGUUGGGAGGUGACUUGAUGUCUACUCCUCUUCACUGGGCAACAAGGCAGGGGCAUCUACAGAUGGUUGUUUUGCUCAUGCAAUAUGGUGCUGACCCCUCACUGAGAGAUGGCGAAGGAUGCAGUCCCAUUCAUUUGGCAGCGCAGUUUGCACACACGACGAUUGUUGCCUAUCUAAUAGCGAAAGGACAGGAUGCGAACAUGCCAGAUCGAAAUGGGAUGACACCACUGAUGUGGGCAUGCUAUAGAGUGGUUAAUCCGGAUCCAACGCGGCUGCUCCUAACAUUUAAUGCCGACAUUCACCUGCGAGAUCGUGUGCAUCAUAACACGGCGCUUCACUGGGCACAAGUCAGCAGUAACCACUCAGUCAUUCAAAACCUGCUCAACACUGGUGCUAACGUGGAUGCGACAAACGACAAGGGAGAGACGCCGUUAGAUAUCGCCAUCGAUAAGAACAACCAGUGGAUGGUAGAGAAGCUGCAGGCAACCCGGCGUGACCGUGGGCUCGACCACAGCAACAUCUUGCAGCGCUUUAUCAACGACAAGAAAGUACGCUGGUCUGUCAUGUGGUUCUGUCCCAUGUUUGUACUCUUUGGGAUUGGUGCAAUAUUUCAAUGUGGACAUCCAUAUUGGGGCAAACUUCUCAUGUUUGCCUGUCUUGGUUUAAUAUUCCACAUCACUCGCAAGUUCUUCUUCGAUGACCGAGUGAUGGACAUUGGACCGCUAGCAGUGUUUAUGGGGACAAUAUUUUUAAAAUAUGUGACAUACAUCUUUUGGGUGUGGCCUGUUCUUCGAGACGUGCUCUCUGUCUUCCUUGUUGCUGGCUUCUCUGCAGGGCUCUGGUACAAUUUUUAUAAAUCAUGGAAGUCCGAUCCUGGAAUUGUAAAAGCCAGCAGAGAGCAAAAGUUCAGGACAGUGGUGGAGUUAGCUGAGCAGGACACAUUUGACCUCAGUUGGUUUUGCACAACAUGUAUAGUCAAGAAGCCAGUGAGAUCAAAGCACUGCUCUUCUUGCAACAAAUGUAUAGCGAAGUUUGACCACCACUGUCCUUGGGUGGGCAACUGUGUGGGUGCACUGAACCAUAAGUACUUCAUGGGUUACCUCUUCUUCAUGAUGGGUCUACUGAGUGUCUACAUGUACUGCAGCAUGGAGUAUUGGAAUCACACAUGUAUUCCGUAUCUGCCAAAGCAUGGCAUUGUAGCACGGUUGCUUAGUCUAGCACAGUGUCAUCCGUGGACAAUAUGGCUGUUUCUGAAUGCGGCGCUCCAUACAAUAUGGGUGACAGCUCUCCUUGUCUGUCAGCUAUAUCAGAUUGCAUGGCUAGCAAUGACCACGAAUGAGCGAAUAAACUGUCAUAGGUACCAGCAUUUUGGAGCAUCUCGAAACAGCAGAGCAAAAAGCCCCUUCGACCGAGGCGUCUUCAGAAAUCUCGUCGACUUCUUUGAGCUGCGUUGCUGCGGACUGUGCAAGCUGGACCGCGUCGACUGGUUGACGCGCUACGAUGCUGAGAUGAAGCCCAGCGAGCCGUACGGCUACCAGCCCGUGCCGCGUGAGAACUAUCAGUACGUGUGAUGCACGCGCGCGCGCACGUCGCCGCCCUGCUGGCUGGUAUACUGGCUACUACUGGCUAUAUGCAUGGUGGCCAGGCAAUGUCGCCGCGAGGUCCUGCGCGUGGUCUAGAUAGAUGGUCGGUGAGCCGCUGUCAGUCUUGAAUGUUGGCCGACGCGACAGAGAGACGCUGUUGUCAGGUGGCACACAGGAUGCCUAGGCAGUGGUGCAGGCAUGGCUAGGUAACAGCCUAAAGGACAGCGUAGCGUGGCUAAGGGGGCAGUGUGGCAUAUGUCACGGCGUGGCUAGGGGGGGCAGUGUGGCAUGUAUCACGGUGUGGCUAGGGGGGCAGUGUGGCAUGUGUCACGGUGUGGUUAGGGGGGCAGUGUGGCAUAUGUCACGGUGUGGUUAGGGGGGCAGUGUGGCAUAUGUCACGGCGUGGCUAAGGGGGCAGCAUAGCCUCGGUCACAGUGUCAUUAGUCAGGAAGUCGAUACAUUCAGACAGCUUGAUACAUAAGCACAAAGAGUUCGAGUGUGAUGAAGUGAAAAUUGCAAUCAAAAUCAACAACACUGCACAUGCUACCUGUAACGAUCUGUAUGUCAAUGUCAACCUGUAUUUAUCUGAUUAAUGUUCUUGGGUUAACGCAUUUAUUCGUCAGUCGAACGCUUGUUGAAUGUGCGUGGUCAGGCCCAGUGCAGCUGUUCUAUUGUAGUGCAUACAUAAGCACAUCCCUACGUGCUAAAUUCCAAUGUGGCUACUAAAUAUUUGACAGGUUUUGGGUGAGUAAACUGCAUUCCCAAUGUCUCAUUCAAUUGGAGUUAUAUUCAUAAGAGACUUUAGCAAGCAGCUUUUCCCCAAGGUUGUUCUCUCCUGUAUGAUUGCAGGCUCGUAUGCGUUCGCGUGUUCCAAAUAUAGUAGACUUACUUGUGUGUGGUAGUAAACAUAAAUGUGCGUUUCAUACGCUGCGUAUUAUAUAUUAUAUAUGCGUAUGCGCAUGCGUGUGCGUGUGCGUGUGCGUGUGCGUGUGCGUGCCUGCG